CCGGGGCCUGGACCUGGACCUGCGGCUGCCGCUGCUGCCCGGCCGCACGGCGCCGGGGAUGCGGCCCCGCCGGGCCGGACUGUAGCGGCCGGAGCCGGGCCCGGGCGGACAUGGAGGUGGUGGACGAGACGGAGGCGCUGCAGCGGUUCUUCGAAGGCCAUGACAUCAAUGGGGCCCUCGAGCCUUCUAACAUAGACACAAGCAUCCUAGAGGAAUAUAUCAGCAAAGAGGACUCUUCAGACAUCUGCUUCCCCGAUAUACCUGCUCCUGCCGGCUACCCACACGCCCAGCCCUCUGGCUCCAGCGGUGGCCAUCACCUGAGCCCGCCAGGGGGUGGGGGAGGACCCCCCUCAGGCCGCCACGGCCCCCUCCCACCCCCGCCCUGCGGGCCCGGCUUCAGUGCCCACCUCAACGUCAACAACAACAACGGUCUGGCGGUGCCCAAAGGCUUUGCGGGGCACUGUCUGAGCGGGGGCUCGGGGCCACCUAUCAAAUCGGAGCCCAAGGCAGCCUAUGCCCCAGGCGCUCUGCCCGAUUCCCCUCCAGACUCCGGCUCUGAGGCCUAUUCCCCCCAGCAGGUGAACGACCCUCACCUCUUGCGAACGAUGACCCCCGAGAACAUGUGCCACGUCAGCAUCCCCUCCCGCCUGGAGCACCCUCCCCCUCCGCCUCCCGCCACCCACCUGGCGGGCCCUCCCCCUCCCACCACUCACCUGGCCGGCCCUCCCCCUCCCACCACUCACCUGGCCGGGCCUCCCCUGCCUCCCCCGCCCCACUACCCUGCCCUGCAGCGGGAUCUGUACAUGAAGGCAGAGCCUCUCAUGCCCCCCUAUGCCAUGGGGCAGGGCGUGGCCCCCGGAGACCUGCACCAUGCCCAGCAGUCACAGAUGCUUCACCAGCUGCUGCAGCAGCAUGGCACUGAGCUCCCUGCACACCCUUCCAAGAAGAGGAAACACUCCGAGUCACCCCCCAACACCCUCAACACCCAGAUGCUCAACGGGAUGAUAAAACAGGAGCCAGGUACGGUGGCAUCCCUGCCCCUCCAUCCUGCCAGAGCCCCAACGCCACCCUGGCAUCAGCAAGGUCCCCUCUCGCCAGGACCGGGAUCCCUCCCCCUCAGCAUUGCCAGAGUCCAGACACCACCCUGGCAUCCACAGGGGGCACCUUCACCAGGCCUCAUGCAGGACACUGAGAGCCUGAACGGCUCCUACCUGGAUCCCAAUUACCAGUCUAUUAAGUGGCAGCCACACCAGCAGAACAAGUGGGCCUCACUCUAUGAUGCCAGUUACAAGGAGCUGCCCAUGCUCACUUACCGGGUGGAUGCCGACAAGGGCUUCAAUUUCUCCGUGGGCGACGACGCCUUCGUGUGUCAGAAGAAGAACCACUUCCAGGUGACGGUGUACAUCGGCAUGCUCGGGGAGCCCAAGUACGUCAAGACCCCCGAGGGUCUGAAGCCCCUGGACUGCUUCUACCUGAAGCUGCACGGAGUGAAGCUGGAGGCCUUGAAUCAGUCCAUCAACAUUGAGCAGUCCCAGUCUGACCGGAGCAAGCGGCCUUUCAAUCCCGUCACGGUCACGCUGCCUCCAGAGCAGGUCACCAAGGUGACGGUGGGCCGCCUGCACUUCAGCGAGACCACGGCCAACAAUAUGCGCAAAAAAGGCAAACCCAACCCGGACCAGAGGUACUUCAUGCUGGUGGUAGCGCUGCAGGCUCACGCCCAGAACCAGACAUAUACGCUGGCAGCCCAGAUUUCAGAGCGCAUAAUCGUCAGGGCCUCCAACCCCGGCCAGUUUGAGAGCGACAGUGACGUCCUGUGGCAGCGGGCCCAGCUGCCCGACACCGUCUUCCACCACGGCCGUGUGGGCAUCAACACGGACCGGCCCGACGAGGCUCUGGUCGUCCACGGCAACGUGAAGGUGAUGGGCUCCCUCAUGCACCCUUCAGACAUUCGGGCCAAGGAGCACGUGCAGGAGGUGGACACCACUGAGCAGCUGAAGAGGAUUUCCCGGAUGCGGCUGGUCCACUACAGCUACAAGCCCGAGUUUGCAGCCAGCGUGGGCAUCGAGGCCUCCCCUGAGACUGGGGUCAUUGCCCAGGAGGUGAAAGAAAUCCUCCCAGAGGCCGUGAAGGACACUGGAGAUGUGGUCUUUGCCAACGGGAAAACCAUCGAGAACUUCCUGGUGGUGAACAAGGAGCGGAUCUUCAUGGAGAACGUGGGGGCCGUGAAAGAGCUCUGCAAGCUGACGGACAACCUGGAGACGCGCAUCGAUGAGCUGGAGCGCUGGAGCCACAAGCUGGCCAAGCUGCGCCGGCUAGACAGCAUGAAGUCCACAGGCAGCUCUGGGGCCUUCAGCCAAGCAGACAGCCAUUUCAGCCGAGCUGGGAGCGUCCCUCACAAGAAGCGUCCCCCUAAGAUGACCAGCAAGUCGCCCUCCGUGGUGCCAGACCAGGCCUGCAUCAGCCAGCGCUUCCUGCAGGGAACCAUCAUCGCCCUGGUGGUGGUCAUGGCCUUCAGCGUGGUAUCCAUGUCUACACUGUAUGUGCUGAGUCUUCGGAAUGAGGAAGAUCUAGUGAACGUGGAUGGCUCUUUCGCUGUGUCUACUUCCUGUCUUCUGGCCCUCCUCCGGCCCCGGGACCCCGGGGGGAGUGUGGCCCUGUGUCCAUGGUCGAGUCAGAGCUACGGUACCACUCAACUCCGCCAGUCCCCGGCCUCCAGCAGCCCGCCGGGCCCCCAGCCCUCCUCCCAGCCCGCUGCCGCUGGCCUGCCAGACACUGCCCCCGCCCUUGCUGUCCGUCACUUGGACCUGUGCCUCAGUCCGCCCUGUCCCAUCGUGUGCUGCUCCCUGCCCACCCCGAGCCCCUCCUCUGGCCAGAGCCCUGCCCCCAGUCCCACUGCCAACCGCUCAGGCCCAAGCCAGACCUCGCUGCUGCCGGUCACCAGCAUCAGAGCCAAGUCUUGGGGCCUUUCAGCCAACGGGAUCGCCCACGUCAAGCCCCCCAAGAGCCUGGAGCCCCCCGCCAGCCCCUCGGCCCCCUUCACUGGCGUGCAGGGCAAGGCCAAGAACAGCCCCAACCUGUCGAUCCCUGCCCGUGCCCGCCGCGGGGCCCCCCUGCUCAGCCCUGCCACACCCCCACCGGCCGGCUCCGACGGCCCGCUGGGAGCACGGCCUGCCCUGAGCUCCAUCCAGGUCCUGGAGAACUCUCUGCCCAUCACAUCCCAGUACUGUGCUCCAGGUGAUGCCUGCAGGCCAGGGAACUUCACCUACCGCAUCCCCAUCAGCAGCAACACCCCCCUCCACCUCAGCCUGACCCUGCAGAUGAACUCCAGCUCCCCUGUCUCGGUGACAUUCUGCAGUCUGGUGUCUCAGGAGAACCCGUGUGAGGAGGGCAGCUUCCCCCGCAGCCUCCAGGUCCACAGUGACACCCAGGGCACCUCCCACCAGUGGCCCAUGGCCAUCUUGUCCUUCCAGGACUUUGCGUACCAUUUCCGAGUAGCCCUGCUGGGUCAGGCCAACUGCAGCUCGGAGGUGCCCACCCAGGCCGUCACAGACUAUUUCUUCCACUUCUACCGCCUGUGUGACUGAGCUGGCCCCCGUGCCCUGAGGCGCCCCCAGCCCGAGGACCCCGGGGCCCCUCGAGGCAGCUUCUCCUUUCCCACACUGGAUGUGACCGUGUUACACUGGAGCGGGGUGGGGGGGUGUGACCCUGCACCCGCCCCCACCCCUUGGGGCUGCUGUGCGCUCAGCCUGUCUCACACUGUAGGUUUCAGGGCACACACUGGAAUUCCUGCUGCAGACUAAAGCUGGGCUGGAGAAACUGAACGUCCAUACACUGGAGUUACUGUCCCUGAAGCCCAUGUGACCCCGCUGCCAUCCCAGAGAAGGGCCUAGUGCCCUCUGGCCUGCCCGCUGCCAGCAGACUUACCCAGGGGUGGAUCAGUUCAUGCUGGCAGUCUGGAUGUGACCGUCAGGGGGGCCUCACUUUUCUGACCCUCCCCCCAUCCCACCCCAGAUGACCUGGCAUUGGUCCAGAGUCCUUGCAGGACAGGGCUGGGGUCAGGACAUUAUCGGGGUUCCCCUGUUACAUCUAGGGCAGAUGACCGAGCUUUAAGCCUGAAAGGGGUUUCUUGGCUGUCAGGAAGCCUGGCCUUCCGGAGCUGAACCCCAGGAUGGGUCACCCCAGGACGAGCUGCUUUCACCCCCUCGUCCUUCCCGCCAGGUGUUAAGCAGCGAGAGUUAAGGUCGAGAGGGGGAGGAAGAGGAGGGAGCGUGCCUGGGAAUCCUCCAGUUGGACGUGAGGACUUGACCUGGCCAUAUCUGAGCCCACUCGUUGGUCACUGCUGUGGUCCGGCGAGUUUCUGUGUAGCAGAUGAGGAGGGUGGGAUGGGGGAGCGGGAAGGACGGCUGCAGCCCUGGGGUGCAGUUACCUGUUCGUUCUGUUAACGCUGUUGGGAGCUGAUUUCUCAAAUGCACCUGGACUAGGGCAGACCUGGGCGUGAGAAAGCAGGAAGACCCCCCAGGGCCCUGUGUCCAUCAGGGCCAUGUGUCCCAAGCUCUGCCCGGCCUAAAGCCUUUCACUGCCAAAGCUGUCCUCAGCCCCCUGCCCUCGGGACCCUUCUCUCCCCCGAGCUACUGGCCAUCUUGCCCAAGAUCCCCAAGGCCAGAGGUGGGGGGCACGUGGCUGCUACAAUGCUUCCCUCCAUACUGGGAGGGGCCCCCACUGCCCUUAUUGUAAACAGGAGGGAAAGGAACACAGCACCCCGUUCUCCUUCCCGGGCUCCUGGGCCACUGGGUCGGGGUCUGGCCUUGGCCCCUCCUCCAAAUGCCUCACACUCGGUUACCUGGAGGAUUUCGCAGCAGGUGAUGUUUCUCAAGAAUGCCUUUGCGCUUAGGGAUCUCAAAGCGCUUAGCCCAGGGGUGGGUGAAGUUUGGGGGCAUGUGAGGGAGGCAGGUAUCAGCAAGGACUUCUAGUCCCCAGGGGCCAGGCUAGUGUCUCCUGGCAUAGGAUUGAAGUUACCCUCCCUGUAGGAAAUCACCUGCCUUCCCUCCGUCCCUCUUAUUGGGGGGCAGCCCUGUUUGGUGCCUUAAAACCAUUUCCCUAGUGCUAAGAAUUUCCCAUCCUGCAUCGGGAGGGGUCUCUCCUCUGCCCCCCAGGAGGGAGAUGCUGCUUUGCCUCGGUCAGCAGCAGGCUCUGGGGUGGGUGUGGGGGGACGACCCAGGCCUGGGGCACAGAGGAAGUCCCGAGGGGGUGUUAAUUUUGGACCAAAGUUGCCUUAUUCCCAAGGGGGGAGAGCCCCCUAUUCUGGUGCUGGUAGGCCCAGAAGAACCCCACCCUUGCCAGCCAUGGGCAUCAGAAGCCAGCCUGACACCCGCAUCUUGUUUCUUUAGCUACUUCCCCAUCCCCCCACCCUGCUGUAAAUAGGACCCCUCGGCACUAACUGUCUGCUUGCUCUCACCCCCCCACCCCCGCAGGCCUCCGGCCAUGCCCACCUGGCCCGUGUUAACCGUCCUGUGCCCACACCCUCCCCUCGUUCGCUUCAUAUUUAUAUUGUGCUAAGUCUGACGGUGGGACGGGAGUGCCCCCUCUCACUCGGUUUCUGUUGGCUUCCCCAGCUAGACCGUCCUUUUUUCCGGAGGCAGAUAUACAUAUAUAAAUAAAUCUAUAAAUACUGCUUUGUAUCCAA